AUGGCAGGCAAAACAGCCAAGUCUUCGAUACCCUCCACCUCUGCUAAUAAAGACUUGAGUUGCUUAAGAUGUAGAAAGAAGAAAGCAAAGUGCUCAAAGACUCGACCUACAUGUACCCGUUGUGCCCGUUCGAAUCAGCCGUGCGAGUAUCCAGAUGCACCUCCCAAUCUCACAGAUUUGUCCCAGAAAGUGCUCACACUCUACGAUACACUGCGUGAACUUGAAGGCGAAUUCCUGGUCAAAUACAUGCAAUCCAUGGACGAAGAGGUGAACGACGCACUAUCCGAAAGAGAACAAGAUUUUGAUCAGCAGCCAUUUCCCAGCAUAGAAUCUGCCAGCAGCAACUAUUCAUUACCUAGCAACCCACCGUCAUCCCAUUUAGACAGCCAUAAACGUCAGAAACUAAUAAAGCAAGAGCCAGAGGAAGUCUCCAUCGAGGAAGAGCAGGAGCCGUCAGGUUGGUCCAUGUCAUUGACCUCACACGGGCUAUCGAUUCAUGCUGUUACUCGAAAUCUAAACGAAUUCAAUGAAUUUGCAAAGACGCUGUCUCGACAAAUAAUGCGCGAUUUUGGCCCAAGUUACUUGCCCAAACAAUGGGAUCCUGAUGCAGAAGGCUACUUUGAAGAUUCAGAAGACGAAGAGCUUGCCGAAGAUGAAUAUUUGGUCACUGUGCCUGUAUUUUCAACCAGUUCACUGCUGUUCAAUGUCACACCAAACCUCCCAGACAGCAUUCUGUCCACCAUAAAGCAAGAGGCACCUUCCCGUGAUGUGAUGCGAACAUUACUCAAUGGCGCGGAUACACUUGUCACUUUGAUCCAGUCGCAUUUCCCUCACAUGAUAAAGCAUUUGGACAUGCGCUAUCAGUGGCUAGAGAAAGACGCUGCUUGUACUGCACCACAUCACCUUGUCAUCUUGAUGCACCAGCUGAAAAUGUACCUACCGGAUUAUGCGCCCCAUCAGCCGCCUCCCAGCCAUCUACUCAGUACAGACUCUGUUGUUCAAGUGUGCAUUUUGACAGCCUACGUUGUCUCUGUGACACUACUGCCUCCCAUCCCACAUUUGACAUUUCCGCCGUUGCCGACAUCACUCUGGCGUGAUUGUGCAGAAUACGCUACCAUGCUGCUCGUCGAUGUGGUUCUUUUAAAGGGCGAUCAGGUGAAUCCUUAUCCAGUCAUCCUUAGCGGUAUCUUACUGGCUUGGAUAGAUGCUGAACUAGCAUCUGAUGAAUUCAAGGCAGACACCAUGGUCAACAUCUCGCUCCGGGUACUAUGUGCCUCGGACUGGAAGAGCGAGGAGCCUGCAUGGCAAAUACUGAUUGCUGCUCUCCUGUAUUUGGACGUGUAUUCUGCUACAUUUCGGUUCAGACGACCACAGCUUCGGGGCGAAGGAUCAGCGGAACUAUGGAAAGCAGCCAUUCAGAUGAGAGAACCAAGCCGUUGGGACGGAUCUUUUCGAGAAGCGGGCAUUGUACUGGAAGCCAGACUCAUGUCUCUGUUGAGUAAAGUGGUUUCGCUUUUCUACGAGGUAGACGAAGAGCGAUCACCCUCGCAAGAAGAGAAUGAGAUCAAUGUGCGAAAAAUAGACGUGGACGAAGUGCUGACGCUGGUGCGAGACGUGGAGCUAUGGGAACAUGAAUUGCCAGAAUGGGCAAAAUGGAAUGCAGGUCUAUCUGAAACAGAACAGCAAUCAAGGACAGGGCUCAAGAUGCACAUGCACAUGAUCCAUAACAUGGUCAAGAUACUCUUGUUUAGGCCCUUCAGCACGGAUCUUCAUCAGCAGAAGGAAAGCGAACAGACAUUUACAAAGACUACUUUUUUGGACAUGUCCACUAGUUCAGCGGAUAGAUUGGCAACCUGUCUCUGUCACAUUCAUGAAUACGGAUUUACAGGCUUUUGGACACGCGCAGCAGGCAAUCUUGUCAGAGAUGUCUCCAGGCGGGUCUUGAGGAUGUUUGAUAAGGAUCAGGACAUUGUGAACCAACUAGACAUGAUUCAGCAAAGAUUGCAAAAGGCUGAAUUCAUAAAAAAGGAGAAGUAA